GCUCACUCCUAGUUAGUUGUACGCAUAUUUCAUCGUCCGAGCGCAGCAGAGGUAACAGGUGAUCUUCGUGGUGCGUAGUGCAGAGUUUCUGAAGGCUGUGUGGGCGCAGCCAGCUAUAUCAGGCAGGGCAGCGCGCGACGUCACUGCGGAGGAACUUAUUCUCUACCAAACCCCUUGUCCCUUCCCUCUGACCCGCCAUGGAAGCCCUACGAUUGCGCAAGAAGUUCCCGGAGGUCUCUCAGGAUGAGAUGUUUGACCUCAUCAACCGCUUCAACUCUCUCAAUACCGAUACUCCUGGUCGCGUCGACAAAGCGAGCGCGUUGCAGGCAUUGCAAGCCUCCGGGAAAUCCUACGAUGCCGCACGAGAGACCCUGAAGCAUGUACAGGUGGAUGCUAGCGGGAAGCUGGAACUGGAAGAUUGGGUAGAGCUGAACGCGAAGCUCAAGACACAAGCACCCGCCUCCGUCCUGCCAUCGCACAAGGGCAAGGUCACCGUUCAGGGGUCCAACGCGAACGUGAGCCACACUAUCAACGAAGACGAGCGAGCAGAGUUCACUAAUCACAUCAACUCCGUCCUGGAAGGCGAUUCAGACAUUGGCCAUCGUAUGCCGAUCCCCACCAAUACGAUGCAGCUUUUCGAUGAGUGCAGAGACGGUCUCAUCCUCUGUAAGCUCAUCAACGACUCUGUGCCGGAGACGAUCGAUCCCCGUGUACUGAACAAGCCAACACCGCGAAAGCCGUUGAACGCCUUCCAGAUGACCGAGAACAAUAACGUCGUCAUCAUGUCGGCGAAGGCGAUCGGGUGCUCUGUGGUGAACAUCGGGCCUACGGACAUCGCAGAGGGCAGGGAACACUUGAUUCUCGGUCUCAUUUGGCAGGUCAUCCGGCGCGGACUGCUUGCGCAGGUCGACAUCAAGAUCCACCCUGAGCUGUACCGUCUGUGCGAGGACGGCGAGACCAUCGAGGACCUGCUCCGCUUGACCCCUGACCAGAUCCUUCUGCGGUGGUUCAACUACCAUCUCAAGGCUGCUGGCUGGCAUCGCAGGGUGAAUAACUUCAGCCGUGACGUUUCCGACGGCGAGAACUACACGAUCCUCCUGAACCAGCUCAAGCCGGACGAAUGCUCGCGCGCACCCCUCCAGACACACGACCUGCGCCAGCGCGCCGAGCAGGUGCUCCAGAACGCGGACAGGAUCGGGUGCCGGAAGUACCUGACGCCCUCAUCGAUGGUCUCGGGCAACCCCCGCCUGAAUCUUGCCUUCGUCGCGAACCUAUUCAACAACCACCCGGGCCUCGACCCGCUCGACGAGCAGGAGGCGAAGGACUACGGCGCGGUCGAGGACUUUGAUGCCGAGGGCGAGCGGGAAGCGCGCGUCUUCACGCUCUGGCUCAAUUCUCUCGGCGUCGAGCCCGGUGUGUUCAACCUGUUCCAGGACCUCAAGGACGGCCUGGUCAUCCUCCAGGCGUUUGAUAAGAUCUCCCCCGGAAGCGUGGUGUGGCGCCGUGUGAGCAAGCCGAAGGGGGGCGCAGCUCCGGCCUACCCAACGGUGGACGGCGAGGAAGAGGAGGACAUCGGCGUGACGCCGAACCAAUCCAAGCUCUCGCGCUUCAAGCAGGUGGAGAACUGUAACUACUCUAUUGAACUGGCGAGACAGAACGGGAUGCACAUGGUCGGCAUUCAGGGCGCCGACAUCGUCGAUGGGUCCAGGACUCUUGUGCUUGGACUCGUGUGGCAGCUCAUGCGGAUGAAUAUCACCAGGACGCUGAGCUCGCUCUCGGGCAAGGGCCGUCCCAUCACCGACACCGAAAUACUCAAGUGGGCAAACACGACAGCCCAGAAGGCGAAGCCGGGAGUCAAGCCGAUCAGGUCCUUCAAGGACCCUUCGCUUACGACUGGCUUGUUCUUCCUCGACCUGCUGGAGGCGUUGCGCCCUGGCAUCGUUGACCCUAGCCUGAUCAUCCCGGUCAGCGAGACCGGCGCUUACGAAGAUCGCCGACAGAACGCGAAACUCGCCAUCUCCAUUGCGCGUAAGAUGAACGCCCUGAUCUUCCUCGUGCCCGAGGAUAUCGUCGACGUUCGGCCACGUCUCAUCAUGACGUUCGUCGGCAGUCUCAUGGCGAUCGGCAGCCAGUGAAGUUAUCAAGUUAUCUAAGCUAUGUUUCUACCAUCCUGCGGUUCGACGGCUGCUAGUGUAUCGAUGAAGGGGAACGGACUGCUAUGUGAUGUAUCACAUAUAACUCACGUUGUAAUGUCUCACGAAUAACGAAGACUGGAGAAGAGCCUCAAAGGAUGUAGUACGAUACAAAAAUGAAACCGGCGUUUGUAAUCAUCUCAGUGUAGCUUGUAC